AUGUUAUCAAAUAAAAUAUUAUCUGCUAUUUGUACGACUACUAAUGCUAUUCAACAUUAUAAAGCUCUCAAUAUUUUAACAAAUGAUUGUUUUAAAACAACUUUUGAAAAUCAACAAAAACUUUCAAUUGAAAAGAAAAUUAAAAAUAAUUCUCCAUUAUAUGAUCGUCCAAUUUUAAAAAAAGAUUAUUUUUGUUUAUGUAAUACAUUAAUAAUAUGUGCUUCGAAAAUGUUUGCUAAUUUUCAUGCAUCUUAUACAAGUACUAUUCUAUAA